AUGGAAGUCCCUUCGGAGGCACCGUCUGCUGGUACCGGCGAAACCAUAAGCAAGAAUGCGCUGAAACGGGAACUGAAGAAUAAACAGAGAGAAGAAGAAAGGAAACGCAAGGAGGAAGAGAAGGCCAAAAAGGCAGCUGAAAUGCAGAAGGCAAAGGAUAACAAAUCUGCUCCAGCUGAUGACGAGGAUAUGGACCCAACUCAAUACCUUGAGAAUAGGCUGAAGUAUCUUGCAGUUCAAAAGACAGAUGGGAAGAACCCGUACCCUCACAAAUUCUUUGUCACUAUGUCUCUUGAUGAAUACAUCAAGGAAUAUGGAGGUUUAAGCGAUGGGCAGCACGCCGAGGAUGUCUCUGUGUCUUUGGCUGGCCGAAUCAUGCACAAACGCACCUCUGGUUCUAAGCUUGUCUUUUACGACCUGCAUGGUGGCGGCUUAAAGGUCCAGGUUAUGGCUGACGCGAGUAAAUCAGACUUGGAUGAGGUUGAAUUUUCCAAAUUCCAUUCUAAUGUGAAGCGUGGUGACAUAGUUGGUGUUACCGGGUUUCCAGGCAAAAGUAAGAAGGGUGAGCUUAGUAUUUUCCCCAAGAGUUUUGUGGUGCUUUCCCAUUGUUUGCAUAUGAUGCCUAGGCAAAAGUCUGCUGCUGCUGCUGCUGAUAAUGCAAAUUUGAAGAAAAGUUCAUGGAUACCGGGAAAUCCCAGGAAUCCUGAAACAUAUAUUUUGAAGGAUCAGGAAACUAGAUAUCGGCUACGCCAUUUGGAUUUGAUGCUUAAUCCGGAGGUUCGAGAUAUAUUUAAGACCAGGUCUAAAAUAAUUUCUUACAUUAGGAGGUUCCUUGAUGACCUUGAUUUCUUGGAGGUUGAAACACCUAUGAUGAAUAUGAUUGCUGGUGGAGCUGCAGCCCGCCCAUUUGUAACACAUCACAAUGAUCUUAACAUGAGGUUAUUCAUGAGGAUUGCUCCAGAACUUUAUCUUAAGGAAUUGGUUGUUGGUGGACUGGAUCGUGUUUAUGAAAUUGGUAAACAAUUUAGGAAUGAGGGCAUAGAUUUGACUCAUAAUCCUGAGUUUACCACCUGUGAGUUCUAUAUGGCUUACAAGGACUAUAAUGACUUAAUGGAUAUAACAGAGCAAAUGUUGAGUGGUAUGGUUAAGGAACUUACCAAAGGAAGCUAUAAAAUCAAGUAUCAUGCAAACGGUGUGGAUAAGGAACCUAUUGAAAUUGACUUUACUCCACCAUUUAGAAGGAUUGAUAUGAUUGAAGGAUUAGAGCAGAUAGCAGGACUAAGUAUUCCCAAAGACUUGUCAGGUGAGGAAGCUAAUCAGUAUUUGAAGGAUGCCUGCUUGAAGUAUGAGAUUAAAUGUCCUCCCCCUGAGACAACUGCUCGUUUGUUGGAUAAACUUGUGGGUCACUUUUUGGAAGAAACUUGUGUCAAUCCUACAUUCAUCAUAAACCAUCCUGAGAUAAUGAGUCCUUUAGCCAAGUGGCACAGAUCGAAACCAGGCCUGACAGAACGUUUUGAAUUGUUUAUUAAUAAGCAUGAACUUUGCAAUGCGUAUACUGAAUUGAAUGACCCUGUAGUACAACGACAGAGAUUUGCUGAACAACUCAAGGAUCGGCAAUCUGGUGAUGAUGAAGCAAUGGCCUUGGAUGAAACAUUUUGUACGGCUCUGGAGUAUGGUUUACCACCUACUGGUGGUUGGGGUUUGGGGAUUGAUCGGUUGACCAUGUUACUGACAGAUUCACAGAAUAUUAAGGAGGUUCUUCUCUUCCCUGCCAUGAAACCUCAAGACUGA